AUGGCGCCCAAGAAAUCAGAGAAGGAUGGGAUGAAGAAGGAGACGCAGUCGCCGUCCGGAGAGUGGACACACAAGGAGCUGAUGGAUGAAGCUGCACUCACCCGAGUCAGGCCGGUGCUACUGGAUGUGGAUGCGGUCCCCUACGUCCCGCAGCUGUUUGCGUCACAAAAUCCUCCAAAACCGGGUCACACGGAAGUGUACCGGAGCUACCCACCACAACCCGACAUUCCUCGACUGGACCACCUCCUCCCCAGCACCGCAGCCGAAGCGACGAGAGCUCGAGUAGCCGAGGCUCUGCCCGGCAGCGAGUCCACUGAGGGCAGAAGCCCCCUGGUGGAAAAGGAAGCCGAGGGGGAGGCGAGAAGAGGCAACUCCCCCAGACCAUCCGUGAACCCACCUGCUUCUCGACCCGAGCCCGGGCGCCAAGAGAUAGGAACAGAUCCAGCAGCUUCGGCCGCAGGAUCAGUUACCAUUGCCAUGGCGGGCACCACGCCACAAGCUGCUGUCACCCCGCCGCCAGCAACAAGUGCCAUGGUUGGGGCACCACGGGCCAUGAUGGUGAAGAAGGCUGUCAUGAAGAAGUCUUCACUGUCUGCGAGUGCCGUGAAGCACAAGCCGAGACCGGCAGUAGCUGUCCCCGCCCCUGAGCCAUCAGCCUUGGAAGGGAUCUCGCCCAAGGAACCAGCCCCUGAGGCAGACACGACGCUACCCGACCUGCCGCCACCCCCCAAGCCCCAACAAGCCAAAGCCAGGGCUGGUGGUGAAGAACAAGUCGAGGCCCUUGAUACGGCUCCUGCAGAUGGCAUAGAUGACGUUGAAAAGCUACAGAAGGUAAUCACCGACACUGAACAACAGUUCGCCGAUUGCCUUCGGCAGGUCAAGACUCUAGGCGAGAAGCAUGAGCGGCGGCAAAAGGAGCUGGAGGACCUCAGGAGGGCCGCCCAGGAGCUUGUGGAUAUGGCGAACCCUCCUGAAGAAGGCGAAACAAGCGAGCAAACCUUGCUGGAGUGA